GUGAGACUUUCGGUCGGCUGUCUCGUUGCGGCCCCAUACGCACUGCACUAACCUUACUGGUUGCGUGAGGAGCCCAUGAGCGAGUUUUGAGAUCCCCGUCGACGGCAUCGAUGGCGUGUCCGAUCUUCGAAUACUCGCGCGUCAACGUACGCAGCCUAUGGCUCUUGCCCCAGAUGAUACGGUAACAUGUAUGGCGGUCUGGGUCGCUUUGAGUUCAUUGUACUACACAGACCCUUGCCUCGAAAACGACACGUUUGGGGUUAGGGUCAAUAAGCCGGCUACCACGUUGACGCGGCGGGGGGUGAGCGAAAAUCGUAAACUACCACUCGAUCCGUCCCGUCCUAUAUCCCACAUUGCUAUACCCUACAAUUUUUGCCAAAAUGUGUAUUCGUUGUGCUAUCCUUGUUUGAAAUUGAAUGUGUUCAUGAGAGGCACUACGACAGAGAAAAUACCACGACAGCAAGAUGGGUUCGCAAUAAUGGGUUGGUCGACGUGGUUGUGCGACAUUAAAAUGGUGAUGGCGACAUACUUGUUUGACUGUAAACGAGCGGGGAUCCAUUUCUCGCAAUGUCAAUAUUUUUGCGAAGAGUUCCCAUGUUCUGACUGCAUUCAGACGAGAGCAGCAACACGAAUACGAAUAACCUCCUCACCGACCCCAAAAGGUCUUUUCGAAUGCGGACUUGGCACCCCUGUAGACUUGCUCGAUACUGAAUGCACGAAGCCAGUUUAGCAUGCUCAGCAGGAUAUUUUUGGCAAGAAACGAAGGAGGCGCAUCUGAAUCUGCUGUUAGAGAUCGCAGGUUUCCGGGGAUAGGCUUUGCCAAAUGAUAGUUCUCAGGCCUACUAUAGUGAUGCAUCAGCAUCCGUACGGCUUAGAGCAUCCGAGAACAAAAGUCUGAGCUCAUCAGCGUGGGAACACAUUUCGACCUCAGCAUC